AUGCUUGAGCGUGUGGCCUUUGCCAAUCCUAAUAUUUUCGUCGAUCUCCACACCCCCGGUAUCGAUGUCACACUAGCUGGAAAGGUCUUGAAGGUCACGGUCGAAAACUUGACAUUCGAGUUGGAUUAUAGGCGCAAGGUCAAGGUCAAUAUAUCAGAGGAGAACGAGUGGGAGUUUAGAGUUGACGUUACGAUUGGGAAGGAUGAAAAUGAUAGCUUGGCGGUGCGCCAAGUCAUGGAUUUGAUCUGUGAGAGAGUCGACGAUAUCGAAAUGAGUUAUGCCAAUCCGAGAGCAAGAGAGCGCCAAGAAAGCCACGAAGAGCUCAAAUUCCUCGCUGCAUUACCGGCAUGGAUGGAUCAUUACAAAGUCACUUGCAGAACGCCUGCGCAAGAACGAGCGAUUAAUGCCUGGAGUGAUCUUUGUAAUCAAGGCAACAAUUCAAGAAAUAAAGCCUUUAUUGGCUGGACUAUCCCACUGCCCCUCUCAGAUAUGGAUUGUGAUAUUCUUCGGGCUGGUGUGUUAAGUGAUGAGAUCCAGAUUGCAGAAAAAGGAACCUCGGAGGAGAUUCAUGAGCGGAGAGAGAGGAGAGUUAGGGCUAUGGAUCAGUUGACACAACGUUUGGCAUAUUGA